AUGCCUCCCUGUGAAGGUGGUUCACGCAUUUCCAACCGAGGGCAGUCCUUGGGGCAGACACAGCACACACUGGACACAAGACAUCUCCCGGCUUGCCUGGGCAUUGAUGUUGACGCCCUGGCUGUGGUCAAUGACACGGUGGCGGCGAUGAUGACGUGUGGAUAUGACCAUCAGUACUGUGAGGUCGGAGUCAUUGUGGGUACUGGCACUAACGCCUGCUACAUGGAGGAGCUGCGGCACAUUGACCUGGUGGAGGGGGACGAGGGGCGCAUGUGCAUUAACACCGAGUGGGGAGCGUUUGGAGAUGAUGGGUCGCUUGAAGACUUCUGCACCGAGUUUGACCGAGACAUUGAUUUGGCCUCCAUUAACCCUGGGAAGCAGCUGUUUGAGAAGAUGAUCUCAGGUUUGUACAUGGGCGAGCUGGUGAGGAUCAUCCUGGUUAAGAUGGCCAAGAAGGGCCUGCUCUUCAAAGGCAGGAUCUCAGACAGUCUGCGUACCAAAGGCAAACUGAAGACAGCAGACGUGUCUGAAAUGGAGAAGUACAAGGAAGGAUUGAGCAAUACCAAGCAAAUCUUGACCAAACUUGACCUUGACCCUUCAGAAGACGACUGCAUUGCUGUCCAGCACGUCUGCACCAUUGUUUCAUUCCGGUCUGCCAAUUUGUGUGCCGCAGCACUGGCAGCCAUUCUGACCCGAAUCCGAGAAAACAAGAAGGUGAAACGGCUCAGGACAACUGUUGGCAUGGAUGGCACUGUCUAUAAGACACACCCACAACUUCCAAAUCAAAAGAGAGCCAGUGCCAAAGGUUUCACCUGCACUUCAGAGAUUAUGUAUGGCGCCAUUUUCACCAUCCCAUGGUACUUUCCAAGUCCAGUACGACUCUUUCCCUAUUUCUCAAUGCGAGUCCACCAGGGUACUCUCAUAAGUUGGACUAAAGGCUUCAAAGCCACAGACUGUGAGGGUCAAGAUGUGGUGGACAUGCUAAGAGAAGGCAUCAAAAGAAGAAAUGAAUUUGACUUGGAUAUUGUGGCAGUGGUGAAUGACACCGUUGGCACAAUGAUGACCUGCGCCUAUGAAGAUCCAAAGUGUGAGAUUGGCUUAAUUGUUGGCACUGGGAGCAACACUUGUUACAUGGAGGAGAUGAAGAACAUUGAGACAGUUGAGGGAGAUGAAGGCAGGAUGUGUGUGAACACAGAGUGGGGUGGUUUUGGUGACAACGGUUGCAUUGAAUAUCUGCGGACCAGGUUUGACCGAGAGGUGGAUGAACAAUCCUUAAAUGCUGGUAAACAAAGGUAUGAAAAGAUGACGAGCGGCAUGUACCUGGGAGAGAUAGUCCGUCAGAUUCUACUCGACCUGACCAGGCGGGGCCUGCUGUUCAGGGGGCAGAUCUCAGAGAGACUUCGUACACGAGGCAUUUUCGAAACCAAAUUCCUUUCUCAGAUUGAAAGUGACCGACUGGCCCUCCUUCAGGUGCGAGGCAUCCUCCAGCAGCUGGGUCUGGACAGCACCUGUGAUGACAGUAUCAUUGUGAAGGAGGUGUGCGGUGUGGUCUCACGGAGAGCGGCCCAGCUUUGUGGAGCUGGAAUGGCAGCUAUUGUUGACAAGAUGCGUGAGAACCGAGGACUGGAGCACUUGGAGAUCACUGUUGGGGUGGAUGGGACGUUAUACAAGCUGCAUCCACACUUCUCAAGGAUUUUAAAGGAGACGGUCGGAGAACUCGCACCCCAGUGUGACGUCACAUUUGUGCUGUCUGAAGAUGGAAGCGGCAAAGGAGCAGCCCUCAUUACCGCCGUCGCCAAAAGGAUUAACAGCGCUGCGUAAUCUGGCCAGAAUAAGUGAAGGAGGAGGUCUCACUUGCUGGGGAGGCUCAUGACACUCCUUUGGUGAUAAAUAAAAUGGACCUUCAGGAAGUUCAAAUUCAUGGGAGAAGAAGACAGAGGAAUGUCAGCAGUUUCAGAAGACUGCAGCUAAGUCUUGUACAGUUCACUGUUAAAAAUGGGCUCUGUUUUUUUUUUUUUUCUUUUUAUAGUGCCUUUAAUAAUCCAUUUUUUAAAUAAAAAUGACAAAACUGGUCUGGGUGAAGGAUAUGAAUUGCUUCCUGGCAGUGGAAAGUAAAGCAGAACACUGGACUGCUGCCGCAAGUAAAGAAAAUCAUAAAGGGGGCAACAGGCCAAGUACGUCACAUUUCAUGAAUCUGUCUCAGAGACCCUGCCCUCCAUCACGUCACAGUCCCAGGUUGACCGGUGACUUUAAGCAGCUUCUGGUAUUAAAUGUUCGUUUGCGAGUGCGUCUAUGGCGGGUUCAGCUCUGACCCCGACCAAGUCAAGCGAAGUGGCAAAGGAUCUCAUUAUGAGACUGCAGAAAGACUGCCCGGACAUCUUUCCUUAUCACAUUUUUAUAAAGUGCCCUUCACGGCAGCAUUGCCAUUUCAAUAUUAAAAAACAAGAGAACAACACAACAAGCUUGGUGGUAAUUGCAAAUCCAACAAAACACCUAAUUUCCAGUCAUUAGUUUCUGUGUAGUAUGACUCCAGAAUGGCUAAGAACCACUAGAUUGGGAAGGAGAAUAUUCUAUAAAGAUUGAAACAAUUGAACGCUGCCUGGAAAAACAAUUUGAAACUGACUUCAUAAUGUAAUGGCACUAUUUAAAAUGAUACAAUUUGAGGUUUUGAUCUUUGUAGGACCCCCGAGUAUGUCACUUCAAAUGGCUCAUAGGCAACAAAUAUAGAAACAGUUUUCCACACUGAAAGCACCUUGAAAUGCUUUGGGCUUCUCCAGCAUAAAAAAGCAAUGCUGACUGAUUAGUCCUUACAUUCUGUGACACUUUCACAGUUUUACUCCACAGCGUAAAGGUACCUCAGGGGGUUAUGGAUGGAAACUUGUGGUUUCAAUGCCAUUUCAACAUCCUGCCAUGGAAGAUCAGUCAUUUAGAGCCUGGAAGGCACAGCCAUAGUAACUUGGCCUGCAUUUGGACGGCGGAGGGCCUCAGUGAUCUAAUGCUCUCUCUGAAUUAGUCGCUUAAGAGGUACUAUGUAAAGAGCAACCUUUAUCUAAUUGCAGGUCACACUACCUUUCCUGUAAUUAGAUAAAAGAUGGAAACCCCCAAAAAUUGAACAAUUUUGACCUGACUUACUGCAUAAGGCACAAUGAGAAAUGAAGCAAAAUGACACCUUUUAUUGGCUGAGUAGAUUACAAAAUGCAUAAGGCAGCUCAGGCCCCUUUUGCUCAGCGUAGGUGUCACAUGGGCUGAACGGGAAGGAAACAGGAAGCAGACCUGGAAUGAAGAGAUGAACGGACAGCCCCUGUAAAAGAAGAGAUAUCACUGGGGAGCGGGAAGCCAGCAGGCCAUGCUGGGAAAUGUAGUCAUGAGAGGGUGCUGCAGGGAGACAAGCUCCCUAUUUUAAUGGACUUCCAUGUGACCCGGAAGUGCUUCCAUCUGACAAUCGCCCUGGCACCGGAAGUACUCCUGGGUCUGUAAUAAAAGGGACCACACUCCCUUAUCCAAUUGAGUCGGAGAUGGGAGGUAGUGGAGUAACACUUGAGUGGAGGAGGGAGAAAGAAAGAAAAGAAAGGAAGAAUUGUGGCCAGAAAAGACCUGUGUUUGUGUAUUUGUUUGUUUAUAUCAUUUUUUUUGGAGGUAAAUAUAAUUAAACCUUCCAGUAUUUGAA